CCCGCCUAGCCCCUGAAGGCAAUGCGCUUCCCGUCACUGGAAGCUCACUUCUCUGCAGCCUCACCGGUGGCAGCUCUCACCUGACCAGAUCAUGACUCACGUGGAUGAGGCGGCCCGCCGCCUGUCCAAAACCGGGACGAGCCUGUACGCGGUGCUGGAGCUCAAGAAGGGCGCCUCCCCUGAAGAAAUAAAAAAGGCCUACAGGAGACUGGCCUUGAAGUAUCACCCAGACAAGAAUCCAGGGGACGCUCAGGCAGCAGAAAUAUUCAAAGAGAUCAACGCAGCGCACGCUAUACUGAGUGAUCAUAAGAAGCGGAAAAUCUACGACCGGCAUGGCUCAUUGGGAAUAUAUCUGUACGAUCACUUUGGUGAAGACGGCGUCAGAUACUAUUUUAUAAUGAAUAGUUGUUGGUUCAAGACACUUGUCGUCCUGUGUGUUCUGCUCACCUGUUGCUGCUGCUGCUGUUGCUGCUGCUUUUGCUGUGGCACACUUAAGCCGCCCCCCGAGGAUAUAGCGAGGAGAAAAUACCAGCAGAACGUCCAGACUCAGCCUGGGCAAGCAGGAAGCAAAGCGAAUUUUAGAAGGGCGGAAGAAAGUGAUAGUGAAGAUAAUUAAAAGAUGAAGAAGAGUGGGGUGCUGACCCAACGAAGGUGACUCCUGCUGCCCAGUCCACUUGACACAUUGAAGAGAGGAGCAAGUACCCCUGUCCUGACAUUGACCCUGAUUUGCCCCUCCUCUUGUAAGAAUCCCAUCUCUAGAAGCACUGACGGCGUCCAUCCCAGUGAGGAUGCAGUCUCUGUCCCUGAUGGCGUCACUGACCCUGGCCAUGCAGGGUCGCCCAGCUACUCUUGUUCUUUAGCUCCGGUCCCAAUUUCAGUGUUAGAGAGCAGACACGCACACCCCCAUCCCUACCCUUAAGAGAUCUCAGGCGGUGGUGACAGACUUUUCCCAAGCAUCCUUUUUUGGGGAUUGGAGCCAGUGUCAGCUGGGUAGGGUCCCUGAGCCACUUGGGAUAUGUCCACCCGGAUCCUGGAAGCUGGGCAGAGUGGAUGCUGGCCCAGAGCUGGGGUGCCAUGAACCCUCCUUUGUUGCACCUCUGCACCAAGCACUCUUAGCAUCAGACUCAUUCCUCAGCCAGGGCGCCUCUCUGGGUGGGGCUGGCCCCACCUUCUUCUGGUGCCCACACACUGAGCAUCACCAGCCUCGUUCCACACCACCACGCGUCGGCUGAGGAAAGGACGAAUGCCUCUGAGGCUUCGGGGUCUUCUCCCACUUGUGGUUUGCCCCUGGGCUGCAGCUGCCAGCAUGGCCCCAUCAGCACGGGUCCUGUCUGCCUCCGUUCUUUCACCACGUCUGAUGCAGGCGGUUUUCAAAACAGAGGCAUGAAAGCCACGAUAGGGAAAUGAUGGUACGCUUCAGACCCUUUUCCCACGCGGGCCUCUGCACACAGCCUGUUCGGUAUCCUCUCCCCACCACUGAGUUCCCGUCCACCAGGGUCAGAGUUCUGUGAUUCCUCACACUUGUCUCUCCUGACUGGGAGAAGGGCUGAAGAAUGUCAGAAAAUAAAAGCGCUUUUGUCCAUUU